AUGGAAAACGACGAAAUCGGUAAUGAUUUAGUGCGUUUAGACAAUGGAUAUCUUGUCGACGAAGAGAAUAACAUACGUUGCGAAUAUGUCGUAAACUCUGAUGAUGUGUUGGAUGAGGAGAAUAACUCGGAUUCGGGAAGUAAAAACGCUCCGCUGCGGGAACAAGAUAGGUUCCUGCCUAUUGCAAACAUUGCUAAAAUCAUGAAGAGAGCUAUACCUGAAAAUGGAAAAAUUGCCAAAGAUGCAAGGGAGUGUGUCCAGGAAUGCAUAUCGGAGUUCAUAUCAUUCGUUACAAGUGAAGCUAGUGAUCGUUGUCAAGUUGAGAAGAGGAAGACGAUUAAUGGAGAAGAUGUCCUGUUCGCAAUGAAUGCACUGGGCUUUGAUAACUAUGUGGAGCCACUGAAGUUAUAUCUCAAGAAGUAUCGAGAGAUUGUGCUGUCUCCUGUCACAGUGACGAAGUUAAACAAACCAAUAAUAGUAUAUGGAGAAGACGGAUCAGCAUGUUUACAAGCUGAGAGUGAGAGUGAACAGACCACAGAUUCAGCAGUGCUGUACCCAUACAAAGAAUUAAAAGUUAUUGACGAUUUUACCAUCUCAUGA